AACACUAGGCAUAUGCCAAAUUGAUUAAGAGGGGCACAUCAUUCCAGCGGCAGGCAGCACGUGUGAAAAGGAAUAUUAUAUUAUUUUCAUUCUAUUUGAUAAGUAUAUUACUAAUUUCAAGUAAUUUCCGUUGUAUUAUAAAAAACAAAAAUGGAAACUGAAUCAUUCUACGGUGUUGAAUUAAGCGAAAAAGAUCCCUUGGCCCAAUUCGAGGUAGCGGAAUCAGACAAAGAAGUCCAAGAUCAAAAAUUAAUUAUUAAACAAAUAAGUCUAGGCGCUGAUGCCAAACAGGGUGAAUUCAAUGUAGUACAGGCUGAAGUGAAAGUGGAUGAGAAGCAAACCCUUAAGAUCCCCAUUGCUGUGCUGAAGGUUGGCGAAACUCGCGUUCUUAAGCCCAAUUUGGAAUUCCCCAGCGAUUCGGUUACCUUUAAGUUGACACAAGGAACCGGUCCGGUUUAUAUAUGUGGUCAACAUUUGGUCCAUGAACUUGUUGACGAAUGGGGUAACGAGGACGAAGAAGAUGUCGACGAUGAUGAUGAGGACGAAGAUGGAGAGGCUCCACCGCCACAACAGAAUGGUAAAAAUAGCAAAAAGAAGUAGAACCUUAGUAGCGAGAACUUUUAACUAGGAAGACAAAAAAAAAACAGAAUUCCCCUUUUUUAUUUAAAGUACCAUGAACAAGAAAAUAUCCCAUUUCCUUUAAUGCUAAAAGAAAACUGUAAUUAUUUUUUUACUAUAAGUUUAUAAGUAGUAAUUAUAAAAAAAAGUAAUUACUUGGAAAAAAAUCAGUAAGAAUAAACAAAAUAAAAAAAUUAAGAUUUAGAA